AUAAAAUCGACUCACUUUCAGUUGCGCGCACAGUGGUCAGAACUGAUCUGAAGCUAGUUGUUCGGUGAAGUAGGCGACUUGAUUUCGGCUAUGACUAACUUUGAUCACAAGCAAUAAAUAGCCUACAACUCGUGGUCGCUGACAGUCUAUGGAAAAUGUACGUAUACAAUGCGGUAUGAGUGAAGCGAAGUAGGCUACUAGACUACAAGAACAAGCAUUCAUGGCUGCCGAUGAGUCAACAGUGAUUGUAACGUUUACUGAAGUCCAAAGUCGCUUCUAGGCUACAAAUGGGUUCCAUGUUUGAUCUGAGCGUUGCUGUAAGACUCUAUUUGCUGUCUUGUUUCGUUGUAUCUGUGGACUUCACUUUAGGCUUGGGACAAAGCCAAGAUACUGAAUUCACGUUUCAACUCUCUGCCGGUAGAACAGAAUGUUUCUACCAAACAGCUACGAACAACGGAAGCCUGGAAGUAGAAUACCAGGUGAUUGCAGGUGCAGGCCUGGAUGUGGGCUUCACCCUGAUCUCCCCCAGCGGAUACAAGCUGGCCUCUGAGUUCAGGACAUCUGACGGCAUCCACACGGUGGAGCCUACAGAGGACGGAGACUACCGGCUGUGUUUUGACAACAGCUUCAGUAAGCUUUCUGAGAAGAUGGUGUUCUUCGAGGUGAUUGUGGAGGGCCAGCCUGGGGUCGCCUGGGGCGAUGAAGAGUGGGCUGACAUGGCCGAGCCAGAGAGCAUGGUGGAGUACAAACUGGAAGACAUUAGGGAGACCAUGGACUCAGUGCACAGGCACCUGGAGCGGAGCCGCCAGCUUCAGACCAUGCUGAGGGCCUUCGAGGCCCGGGACCGCUACCUACUGGAGGACAACCUGUGGAGGGUCUCCUUCUGGUCCUCCAUGAGCCUCCUGGUCAUCCUGACUGUGGCCGUCACACAGGUCUACACCCUCCGACGCCUCUUCGACGACAAGAGGGUCUGCAAACCCUAGUGUCCAGUGGUAUCUUCCACCACCCCCACACUCUUCCCCGUGGUAUCUUCCAGCAGACUCACACCCUUCCCAGUGGUAUCUUCCACCACCCCCACAUCAUGCCCAGUGAUAUCUUCCAGCAGACCAACACACGGCCCAAUGGUAUCUUCCACCAACCCCACACCCUUCCCGGUGGUAUCUUCCACCACCCCCACACCCUUCCCGGUGGUAUCUUCCACCACACCCUUCCCGGGGUAUCUUCCACCACCCCCUUCCCAGUGAUAUCUUCCGCAAAGAUGCCAUAGAAGGGUGUUGGGACUAACAGGAACCUACUGUAAAGUAAUGGUCUCAGAGAUUGAAGAAGAUAGACUAUUGACAACAGUGAUGUGUGGUAAAUGAGGGACUGUUAGUAAGGAUUUAGUAAUGUUUGUGUGUGAUGAGCUUGAUUCAGCUUUUGAGUGGCAGAAAAGUGCAUGUUUGUAUGUGAGUCAUAAACACUGUAUAAUGAUGUUUUGACAAUUUAGUGUCAAUCUAUCAAACAACAAAUCAAUGCAAUAACAGAUCAUAUGGUUGUAUGUUUUUAACAUGGGAUCUUAAGAGUGACUUUACAAAUAUCAUUUAUUUAAUGACAUGGUUAUAACACAACUACAGCAAAAUAAACACACACCAAAAAAAACCAUUCUACUGUGAAAUAAAUGAAUUCUGGAGAAAGAGUAGCCUUGCAAAGCCACUGAUCCCACAAGCUUACAUUAAAAGCUGCAGUGGUUAUCAGCCUGGUAAUUACGAGGCAAGAGAAAGAAGUCUUACAUGCAACAAUGACUGUUCUCAUGGGAUGGUUUUAUUGAAUUACAGAUGUUAUAUUUUUAUUGAAAUGUAUAGUGUUUGACAGAGAUCUGGUGAGACGAAGCCAAAGAGUUGAGACAUUCAAAAAAUGAUUCCUGCCAGGAGAAUGUUGCAAAGUCAACCACAAGCAUAGUUGUUAUAUACACCUCCAACACCACAAAACAAGAUCCAAUCUUUUUUUUCAAAUGAAUGGUUGUAUUUAUAAAACCAUAAAAUCUCAAUGAUCCACUCCUUUCAAUUGCAGGCACAGUAGUGCAAAUUUGAGUGUCAGAAGUGUGCAGAGAAAGAAAAUAAGGCAAUCUUAUUGGCUACCAUAAAACAGCACUGGAUUAAAGGCAUAUCGCAAAA